CGUGUAGUAGACAAGAAAUAUUUAUCUGGGGGCAAAACAAAAGAAAUGAUUUCCCCACCGGUUAAUUUGAGACAAGAAGUCUGCCCUCGUUAUCGUUUGAGAUUAUACUGAGCUUCUUACGGACCCACUGUUUUCCUCCAAUUGCAUAGCAGGUAUGAUUUGCGAGUAUUAAAUCAGAUGUAAGAAAAAUAUUUUUAUGAUGAAGUUGCGGCCACAUAGAUCACAUGUGGACCAACCAACCCUUUCCCCCAUUCCUGUUUGUCGUAAGCCCAAACCCGCACGCUCCAAAUACCCUGCCUUUCUCUCCGUGCGGGUCGCGGAUCCUCUCUCUCUCUCUCUCCGGUCUUUGCACACUGUAUUUGGUCGCUUCCUCCGCCCUCGAACGCCAGAAAACAUCAAUUGGAGCUGCGAAUUCGAUCUCGCCUUCCUUCGCUUUGCAUCCGCGGCGCCCGGAUUCGAGCCCGGCCGUCGAAACCCUAGCGCGCCCCCCCUCCGCCCCACACUUUGGGCGCCGGAGCGGAGGGCGAUGGCGGCGGAACUGGGGCAGCAGACGGUGGAGUUCUCCGCCCUUGUGCGACGAGCCGCGGAGGAUUCCUACCUCGCCCUCAAAGAGCUGGUGGAGCGGUCCCGGGCGCCGGAGGACCAGCGAUCCGACUCCGAGAAGAAGAUAGACCUCCUCAAGUUCAUCGCCAAGACUCGGCAGCGGAUGCUCCGCCUCCAUGUGCUCGCCAAGUGGUGCCGACAGGUACCAUUGAUUCAGUAUUGCCAACAACUUGCAGCAACACUUUCCAGCCAUGAUACUUGUUUUACCCAAACAGCAGAUUCAUUAUUUUACAUGCAUGAAGGACUGCAGCAUGCACGUGCUCCUAUAUUUGAUGUUCCAUCUGCUAUUGAAAUACUCCUCUCAGGAGGAUAUAAACGGCUGCCAAAAUGUAUAGAAGAUUUGGUUAUUCAGAGUACACUAUCUGAGGAUGAAAAAAAGCCCACUUUAAAGAAGUUGGAUACAAUCCUCCGAUCCAAACUGUUGGAGGUUGUACUUCCUAAUGAAAUUAGUGAGGUAACUAUUUCUGAUGGUAUUGCUGUUCUUCGUGUGGAUGGGGAGUUUAAGGUUUUCCUUACCUUGGGUUACCGUGGUCAUCUGUCAUUGUGGAGGAUACUUCACAUAGAGUUGCUUGUUGGGGAGAAGAGUGGAACUAUUAAACUUGAAGAGACACGAAGAUAUGCUCUUGGGGAUGAUCUCGAGCGCCGAAUGGCUGCAACCGAAAAUCCUUUUUUAAUUUUAUACACAGUUCUCCAUGAACUGUGUGUUGCCCUUGUUAUGGACACUGCACUAAGGCAAGUUCAGGUACUACGUCAAUGUAGGUGGAAGGAUGCAAUACGCUUUGAGCUUAUCUCUGAUGGCACUGCAGCACAAGGAGCAAAUACUAGUGCUUUGCAACUGGCCCAAGACGGUGAACUCGAUUCAACUGGCCUAAAAACUCCUGGUUUGAAAAUCAUUUAUUGGUUAGAUGCUGACAAAAAUGCCGGGGGAUCUGAUUUUAGUUCACGUCCAUUUCUCAAACUUGAACCAGGGAAAGAUACACAGAUUAAGUGUCUACAUAAUUCCUUUGUAUUAGACCCACUUACUGGCAAGGAUGCUAUUUUUUCACUCGAUCAAAGUUGCAUUGAUCUUGAGAAACUCCUGCUAAAAGCUAUUGCAUGCAAUAUACACACCCGUCUGUUUGAAAUCCAGAGGGAGUUGAGUAAAAGUGUUAACAUUUGUCGAGGUACAGGUGAUGUUGUACUGAAGAAUGAUGGAAGUAUGGUAGCAGAUCUAAGAAAGAAGGAUGAAAACUCUAGUAUUGAGGAUUAUUUUGGGGAUGAAGUACUAAAAGUGCGAGCUUGUGGGAUGUCAUUUAUUACACUUGGAAUAAAUAUCCGCGAUUGUCAAAAUCAAUCAAAAUGGUUUCUAAAGGUGUGAUGAAGGAACACCUUCUGCUUGUUGCAAACAGCAUGACUUGCACUGGAAAACUUAUCGGUUUCAACACUGGUGGUUAUAAGGCGCUCUUUCGUUCUUUCAAAGUUGAAGUACCAUUUACUGAAGCCACUUUAUUUACACCAAUGAAAUGCUUUGAAAGAGCUGCUGAGAAGCGUCAGGUUGAUUCAUUAGCCAGUGUGGUUUCAUCCUGUUCAUGGGGCAAAAAUGUGGCUAUUGGGACUGGUGCACACCAUUCCAGAUUCUUUGGGAUAAGAAACAGAUGGCAAUGAACAAAGAUAUUGGAAAAGGAGUCUAUGACUUUCUGGAGUUAUUAAGGGAGACAUCCAGUGGAGAAGCAACUGGCAGAUAUCUAGCAGAUGUUGAUGAAAUGGCAGAAGAAAAUGGAAUUUGUCUAUCACCUGACCUCGAUGGAUGUAUGACUUUUGAUGAUAGUGAUGAUGUUGAGUACAACUUUCAGAAAAGGAUUGGCCUGGUAAAUGGAAAAUCUGGCGAGUCUAGCUGGGAAGUGGAUCCAGUUUCGGUCAAGUCAGGUAACCGGGAGGGAUGGGGAGAUAAAGAAUCAACUCAUGUGGACAACUGUGAAUCCCCAGCAACCAAACAUAAUGUUUGGUCUAGUUGGGAUUCCAUCCAAGUGAAACAAAAGACUGUUGAAUCUGAGAAUCUGGCAGGUGAUACUGUACCUGGUGAAGAUAUGGAUGCACAGAAACAUUCUGGCACAGCAGAUGAGUCUGUUGCAUGGGGGAAAUGGAAGGCAGACUGCCUGGGACAAAUUGUCUCACAGGAAUUGUUGGAAUGAGGCAAGCAAGACCAAGGUGGAUUUGAAACAUGGUGAUGAGAGAGAUUAGUUGAGAAAGAGGUGAACAGGAGAAGGGAAGGGAAACAUAGGUUCAACAGCCACAACCUAAGUUCCUCAACUUGUUUUCCAAUAGGCUUGGCUAAUGAAAGGAUACACUACAUCUGUUAGGUAUUAAAGCAUCAGUAACUUACCUGGCAUUGACAUUUGAAAAGCACCCACAACUGCUCUAAAUAAGGUCUAAAUAAGUCAUCAAUAACUUAUCUGAUGGGCUUUUCUGAAAAGGAAGCACAAGUGUUCUAAACAAGGUUUAAACUAGAACAAUUUAAAUGUAUCUCUAAAGGCUUAAAUUUAUUUAUUGGUCUCAUCUGCUGCAGUGUACAUAUGGUGGUGGUGGGUAUUGUUCAUGCUACAGUGACAGAAAUAGUAAAGAGCCCCGUUACAAAUGACUUUAAACCAAAUGAAGCCCAAACUAAACUUAAACAAAGUGCACAAAAUCCAGUAUCAAAACCUUUAAGCUAGUAGAUAAGAAAAUUUAAUAAACCCUUGGGUGGAUCAGCAGGCCUUGAUGUUUCAUCAAUGGCUAUCAGAGACUGGCUAAUGCUUCCACCUUCCCUAUUGGUUAUGCAUACCUUAAUGCAGAUCAGAGGUGUUUAAUCUCACAUCAUCUAGACGUCUGAGCCCUAACCCAGGGACUUUGGAUGCUGCUGUUAGUGCCUUGAUUUGGAGAUUGUUACUUCUCAUGUCAUCAGGAUUGGGUUUUAUGACAUUGCUUAGAAUUGCUUUACACAACCUUAUUUCGAUGAUCGUAGAAACCAUCCAAUCCAAUGUUAUAUACUAUGAUGUAUAAAUGCUUAUGGCUAUCACAUUUUAUUUAAAUAGACAUCAUAAAAGUGACAAUGAGCUCAUACAUUUUUUAUAUAGAGAGCUUAUUAUUUUGCACGAUUAUGCUAUGAUUAAAUUUUAAAAUUCUGGUCUCAAUAAUUAGUUCUAUACACAUUGUUUAAUUUUCCUCAUUUAUUGUAUUAAGGGUAGGAAAGACCAUGAACAUGAUUUCUUACCUAACUGACAUAUGUUUAUUUUAUAUUCCUAUUUGAUUCAUGAGAGUUUGAAUAUAGGGCCUAAAAUAGCAGUUGAACUUGGGUGAACCUGCAUGGUGGUGAACAAUUUUCCCUAAAAUGUCCUGCUUUUCUCACGUACAUAUUAUUGGUUGGUCAUGGAAAAACUAUCCUUUUAGAUGUUACUUCGUCAAUGAACAAAUUGUAUGAUAUUUGUAACGUCAUGCUUGCUCUGAUGGUAUACAUAUCUUGGUUAUGAUAUAUUAUUUCAGUGAUGGCAAUCGACUUUCUGCUGAUGAUCAAAAGUUCAUCUUGGAGAAUGUUUUCAAGUACCACCCUGAUAAGCAAUCAAAGGUGUCUGAUCAAGUUGACUACAUUAUGGUAAGCUGGACGAGUCAUGUGUUCCCAAUAAAGCGACAAGGGCAUUGCAUGACAAUGGUCCAAACCAUGGUUUUUUUUUUUUUUUUUCCUUAAAUUAAUCUUAUUUAGUUGCAAUGUCACAUAAAGAUAUAUUUAUUUUGCUGAUGGCAGGUUGACAAGAACAUGAGCUUCCAAGACUCGAGGUGCUUUUAUGUGGUAUCAUCGGAUGGCACAAGUGCAGACCUCUCCUAUCUCAAAUGCAUGGAGGGUAAUGUCAAGCAAACUUUCUCAUAGCAUGGGGAGUCCUUUUGUUAAUGAUGUUGCCAUCUCAUCCCAUGAAAGGGUUAAACGAGGGCUUAAAAUUUUGUUAUGUCAAUAAUGCUGAUGAUAACCAUUAUUUUCUUUAGGAAACUUGUUAUGUGAGGCAUAUCAGGUAAAAUUUCACUAUUUUUAUUUUUAUUUUUAAUUUCAUUAUGAGAACUUUAUUCCA